AUGACGGAACGUGGAAUCAUGAAGGGGAACUCGAUCCAUCGACGCCCACCUGACGAUCAGUUCAAACAUGAUCAGUUUGACUCGCUACGUGGCCUUCCUUGGAGGUUGCAAGAACGAGAACAUGGUGGACUGAGGAUCGCCCUUCCCGAUGUUGCAGCGCCUCGUGAAAGGCCUGCAGUGCAAGAAGUGAUCCCAAGGAACCUCUAUGUCACCAAGAAUGACUUGGAAAAGCAUGGGCACACACCUUUGUGUCCUGGAUGUGAAGCAGCAAUACUUGAGAUGCCAAGCCGAGCUCACAAUGCUGAGUGCAGACAAAGAAUCCAGAUCGAACUUGACAAGACUCCAGAAGGUCAAGAAAGGAUCAAAAGAGCGAGAGAGAGAGAAGGCGCGGCUGCACCGCCUGAGGGUGGUGGGGCAGAAGGUGGUGAAGCUGCACCACCAGUUGUCCCAGGAGGGGAAGUUGAACAACCAGUCUUGCAAGACCGUGUUCCUUUGGAUGCGGAAAUGGAUGCAAGUGAGGCUGUUGGUGAACCACUGGUCGACACCGAUUUUCGUGGAGAACUCAGACAGAGAGAACAAGAAAGAGAAGGAAGCCCAAAGAGGCAGAAACAAGAACAAUCCCGAGGAGAGAAAAGGAGUUCACAAGUCGACGUUGAAGAUCUUUACAAUGAAUCUUCAGCUCAGGCUUCAGGGUCAGCCGGACCACCGGCACCGGAUGCUUCAUCUGGUGUUCCGGAAGGUGCUGCCGCUGCACCAACAAGUCCUGAGACAAACCAGGAGAUGCUACAUCUGUGUUCCUUGCUCAAAGAUGUGAUCGCAAAAGGGAAGGUUGCUGAGAUCUUCUCUCCACCGCGUGUGGCUGCACAAGCCCAAGUGGUCGGGCUAGCACCUGGCUUCUCGAUUGACUUGGAGACAAAGCGUGGUGAUGGAACUCACUGGGACUUGAGUAAAGAUGAACACAUUCGUGAUCUGUUUCAACUGCUUGACUAUGAGAAACCAGAGUUCCUCGGCGGCUCACCUCCCUGUGGGCCAUUCUCGAAGCUGCAAAACAUUGUGGAUGCGAAGGGCAAUGUUUCACCUGAAGUUCGAGCGCAGAGACUAAAAGAUGGUCGCAAACAUCUGCGCACGGCAGUUUCAGCGUAUGAGCAUCAAAUGAAUGCUGGAAGGUACUUCUACCAUGAGCACCCUAAAGGGGCCGCUUCGUGGGAAGAGAGAGCUGUGAAGAGACUGAGGGCAGAUGAACGGGUGUAUGAGGAGGAGUUUUGGAAGCAGCUGCCCGACAGCGAUGACACCAUCGUGGAGCCAGUGCUUGACGCACACUCCGGUGCUGUCUUGGAUGUUGACAAGGUCAGAGCCUCGAGCACUCUUCAGAGCACGAUCAGCUUGAGUUCCGGUGAAGCGGAAUACUACUCGAUCGUUCGAGGAGUUUCCAUCGGAAUGUCGCUACAGGAGAUCUUGCGAGGAUGGGGCCUACAACCAAAACUUAAAGUGCACACAGAUUCAUCCGCUGCGCUGGGAACAUGUAACCGUCAGGGCUUAGGCCGCUCACGGCAUGUUCAAACUCGCUUUCUGUGGGUGCAAGAAAAACUUGCACUACAUGAAUUCGAACUGGUGAAGAUCCCGACAAAGCAGAACGUAGCUGAUUUGUGCACCAAAGGUUUACCUGCGAAUGAGAUGGAAAGACACAUGCAAAGCAUGGGGUUCGAGUACUCUCAUGGUAGAGCCGAAGCUGCAAAGGCUUUGGAAUGA